UUUUGAAAACGCGCGCAUGGUUGUUUUCGAUAUUGUUUAGAAAAUUAUCAACAUGACUUCGAAGGAUAUUUCAAGUGUUACAGACCAAUUGGCCAAGACAGUAGUAGAUGAACAAUAUGAGCUUAGUUUUAAAGGAAAAGGGUUGAAAUUAGACACUGCAAAGGAUGCAAAAGAAAUUGUUGAUGAAAUAAAGAAAUGCAAAGUAAUGACAGCAUUACGGAUGGAGGGAAACACCCUUGGAGUAGAUGCAGCAAAAGCCAUUGCUGAAACAUUGGAGACACGCAAAGAGUUUCAGCAUGCUCAUUGGAGUGAUAUGUUUACUGGACGACUGAAAUCAGAAAUACCAAAGGCUUUGGAGUUUUUGGGAGGGGCCAUAAUGAAGGCUGGAGCGGGAUUGGUGGUCCUUGACCUGAGUGACAAUGCAUUUGGUCCUAAUGGAAUUGUGGGACUAGUGGCUCUACUGAAGAGCUCCAGCUGCUACACGCUACAGGAGCUGCGGCUCAACAACAAUGGAUUGGGUAUAACAGGAGGAAAGGUGUUGGCAGAAUGUUUAACAGAGUGUCAUCAGAAUAGUGUGAAGGCUGGUAAACCUCUGAAACUGAAAGUCUUUGUGUCUGGACGAAAUCGACUGGAAAAUCCAGGAGCAACAGCCCUAGCUGCUGUGUUUAAAGCCUUGGGUUCUCUAGAAGAGGUGGCUAUGCCCCAAAAUGGUAUAUAUGCCGAAGGAAUUACAGCCCUAGCAGAGGCUUUCGCUGAAAAUAAAAAUCUAAGAGUCAUGAACCUAAGUGACAACACAUUCACACAAAAAGGGGCCAAAAAUAUGGCAAAAGUCUUACCAAAGUUACAGAAUUUAGAGGUGAUAAAUUAUGGUGAUUGUUUGGUGAGGACAGAAGGGGCUAUUGCCAUUACUGAGGCCCUCAAAGAGGGACACCAGAAGCUCAAAGAGUUGAAUUUGUCAGGAAGUGAGAUACACAAAAGAGGCGCAAUAGCAGUUGUGGAAAACAUGAAAAAUAAACCAAACUUAAAAAAACUUGACCUCAAUUGUAACAUGUUUGGGGAAUCGGGUAUAGAAGAAAUCAAGGAAGCAAUGAAGAAUAAUGGUAAACUGGACAUCCUUGCCUCACUUAGUGAUGACGAAGGAUCAGAUGAGGAAGAGGUAGAUGAGGGUGAUGACCAAGGCGAGGAGGAGGAUGUAGGACAAGAUGAUGUUGAAGGGGAAGAGGUCAAUGACCCUGAACUCCAGGUCAAGGGCAAAUCCAUUUCUCCAAACAAAAAGGUUACUGCAAAAGACUUCCUUGCGUUUCCUUCCCCGAGUAAACUACUACAACUAGGAAGUGGUCGGGCACAAGCACUGAAGGAGGAACUCGGAGCUGAUGUGAAUGACUUAGAAAAGGCUGUCCAGGCAUUUAUGAAGAUAUCUAGUGUGGUAACAAUGGAGGAUACUAAAGCUAAAGAAGCAGCAUGUGACUGUGCAGACCAAAUAAUUGAAGAAGCUGUCAAAUGUAAUAGAGAAAAUGAUGCAGUCCUCCUUGCAAAUACAAUAUUGGUGUAUAUAGGUGUAUUAAAGGGUGAAGAUAAAUCAUAUAAGCCACCCAACAACGUAACCGGCCCACUGUUGGUGCUGGAACAUAUUGUACGACAGCAUUACUUCCCUAAGUUCUCCAGAGAAAUGUUGCAAGCCUUCUGUAGCAAACCACAUCCACUUCUUGAUUCCACGCCACAAGCAAGACAUAAACUGUUACAGACACUGUAUGCGUUUUAAAUAACUACAGUGAGAAUUUUGAACUGUUCACUUUAUAUCAAAGAAGACUAGACCAUUCUUGGAUGUGAAAAUUUAUGAACUUUUUAAUUAAAUCUUCAUCGAAAUAAGAAUAGUCUAUGUUCAAUCAUAUACCUUGCAAACAUUUUUUUUACCAAGAUGGGUAGAUAUAAAAUUACCGGGGUAUAUACCAGUAAAAAAUUACCAUUUUCAGACCCAUUCUCCCUUUGUUUCAACUCUAUAACUUUGUAAUAAAGAAACAUGGGUAGCCAUUUUUUAUUAAAGGUUUAGACUUUUGUGACAGAGGAAAAACAAUCUUUCAUACUUCCAUGAAGCAAAAUAUUUAUUUCAAACAUCUAAAUGUGAAUUUAAUUCAAGGGAAACAUUAUUGCACAACACAGAUACUGCAUCUGUACAUAAACAAGCAUCUUCAUAUCAGGAUGUUGAAAAAACUUCCUUUACUUCAAUAAAUACAAAUGAUAAUUGGAACAAUAAAGCUUCAAUGUAACAAAUGACCACCAAAAACAAAUAUUUUAUUUGUCUAUACAAUUACAGUAAGCUAAAAAAGUACCCACAAAUGUAUAAGUGAAAUAUUUCUUGCAAAGGAAUUGGAAAACAAAUAGUGUUGUGUGUUAGUACAAAAUCAGUAUAAAAUGAAAUAUACUGAACAAAAAAUGUAUAAAUAAAAAUAUGAAAAACA